AUGUAUGUUGACUCCAUUCGUCUCAUGUGCUCACACCGGGGAAGUCUCAAGUCUGAUCCAGUCGCUUCGGUCCGUGGUGGCAAGAAGGAGAAGGUUGGAAGGUGGCAAGAAGCCUUUGGCUUUUUGGAUUUGAUACCACGAAGUGAACUUCAACCAGAUAUCAUUACUCUGAGUGCUCUCAUCUCUUCCUGUGAACCACGUGGAGAAUGGCAGCAGGCCUUGGGUUUGCUCACUGAGAUGGUGGAUCGAUGGGAGAUCCAACCAAGUGAUGUGAGCGUGAAUGCUGCCAUGACGACAUUGAGGACUGAAGAAGCACCAUGGCCAUGCGCUCUAGAGCUGUUCCACUCGAUGCACUCGAUGCACCAGCUCCGGCGGGAUGUGAUCAGUUGGAAUGCACUGCUCACAUCGUUCUUGACCAGUCAACAGUGGGAGGACGUGCUGAAUCUCUUUGAUGAGAUGCUGAAUGCCGACGGCGUGGUGCCCAAUGCUGUCAGCUUCCGUCUCAUCGCCCGCGCUGCGACCCUGGGCGCGACGAAGCCGGCGGGUCCCGGAGCGGACGGGACGCCAGACCAGUCGGGCUCGGGCGAGUUCUCGGCCGCUGCGCAGAGACGUUUGGAGCUCUUGGAGGACUUGAAGUCUCGAAUUAAGGCCAUGGAAGACUUGCCACAUCAGCCACCAGUCUGA